AUGGCCAAGUGGGGUGAAGGUGACCCGCGCUGGAUUGUCGAGGAACGCGCAGACGCUACCAAUGUGAACAACUGGCACUGGUCCGAGAAGAACGCGACUCCAUGGUCGCUCAACCGGCUCCGCGAGCUUUUGUCCGGAUUUUCAGCGGAGGAUGGCCCAAUCGUCAUCACGAUCGACGAGGUCAAGAAGAUCGACGGUGAGGCGACGGCGAACAACCGAAAGGCCAAACUCAUCUUCCUCUUCGAAUGGGUAAUCGAGGGAACGUUCGUGGCACGUGUCUCCGGAAGUGAGGAGGAAUACAAAGGAAAAUUCGAUAUUCCAAAUUUGAGUGAUGAAAACGAGGCGUCGGAGGUCGAUUUGAACACGUCACUCGAUGGAAGCGGCCCGUUGGCUCAUCAAAUCCGUCAAGUCCUCAACAAAUCAUUCGUCUCCAAAAUUCAAGAUGUCCUUGGAGUUUACAUUCGAGAGCUCAAAGAAGAGUUCAGUAAAGGGCUGAUUCUCCCGACGGAUCAAGUGAAACCACAGGUUGUCACCAAGGGAAAGACCACCUCAGCCACCGUCGACAAACGUCAAUUCCAAAACACUGUAAUCGCUGAGAAGGAGGCGUCGACGUCUGGAAACGAGGUGUUCACCACGAAGGAGGUUUCCGUUGGAGACACGUUCAAGGCGACACCGGAGAGAGUUUUCGAGGCGAUUACGGAGACUCAGCUGGUCCGUGGAUGGACGAACGGAUCGAUUCAAGAAUGGAAUUUCCAGGAGGGAGGAACCUUCUCGCUGUUCGGUGGAAAUGUUACUGGAACAUUCGAAAAAAUAGAGCCGAAUAAGGAGAUUGUGAAGAAGUGGCGGUUGAAGAAGUACCCGAACAACCAUCACGCCACUAUUCACUUCACGCUCAAAGAUAAUGGCUCCGGUACCGACAUCAAGAUCACCGCCAAAGACGUCCCCACCCAUUUGGCCGACGAGACACAAUCCGGUCUCGAUCGUUACUACUUGACAAGCAUCGCCCGUACUUUUGGAUUCAGUCAGCGAAUUUGA